GUAGUCCUCAUUCUCCGAGGCAACCAAGGCGUAUAAAGCUAACAGGACAACAAUUGGAUAACUUAACAAAAGACGAAUUGGCAGCCAAAUGGCAAGAACAGGAUUUAUAUGUGGAAUAUCUAGAGGCCCAAGCAGCAGCUCAGGAAGAUAUAGUAUUGUAUAUAUUUCUAAAAAAUAUUAUCAACUAUUUUUUUACACGUAGUAAUAGUAAAAGAAUAAAUAUUGUCUUUUAAGUGCAUUGAGAAAUAGUGUUAUAUUUGUGGGAAACCGGUGACAAUUUAUAGUGUGACUUACUAUAUAAGAUAUAAUAAUUAUAGAACAAGUCAAUACAUCAUCCAAACUUCAAGAUGCAUUACAUUUUUUCUUAAAACAUGCGUGUUCAUCUAAAUCAAGGUGUAUAUAGUGCAAAUCAAAAAGUGAGAUGCUGUGCAUAUUAUGCAGACACAAUAAAUUUUUCAUUUUAUUGCCAUGUCUGCUUUAAAUUAUUUUUAUUUCGUGAAAUUCAAGGAAAAUAUUAUUUUUAAUUUGAUCUUAUAAGUGAAAGUGCGGUGUGCUACGCAUGUUCUCCUAUAGUGUAAUAAGCAUUACAGUUGGCAAACAAACAUGUGUGUGCGUGUGUGUGUACACAUUCGGUAUGAAGUUUUCACCUUAUGAGGAUCAUAAGGGAUAUAACAUCUGCCCUGAUGCUAACUUUACAACCCAGAGGAAUGUAAAGAAUGGUCCCAUGCAUCCUUCGGCCUAGAAAACACUGUGCUGGUCCUGAAUAUUAUGGUGAAUUAGCUUCGUUGAGAGAAUCCGAGGAUAAGUUCAGACAGCAACAUAUCGAUGCAUCUCAUCGUGAAAAAAUCUUAGUGAGGAGGCUUGCCUCUAAAGAACAAGAACUGCAAGAAUGUGUUAAUCAAAUAUCUGAAAUGAAAGCAGCCCAAGUUCCAUCUGCUGCUUCAUUAAGAUCCGCUUUGUUAGAUCCAGCUGUAAAUAUUUUGAUACAAAAAUUAAGGCAAGAAUUGGUCACAACAAAAGCUAAAUUAGAAGAUACACAGAGUGAACUAAGUGCAUGGAAAUUCACACCAGAUAGUAAUACUGGAAAAAGAUUAAUGGCCAAAUGUAGAUUAUUAUAUCAAGAAAAUGAGGAAUUGGGUCGAAUGAUAGCUAGUGGAAGAAUUGCUAAAUUAGAAGGUGAACUCGCAUUACAAAAAAGCUUCAGCGAAGAAGUCAAAAAAUCUCAAUCAGAGCUAGACGAAUUUCUUCAAGACCUAGAUGAAGAUGUGGAGGGUAUGCAAAGUACAAUUUAUUUUUUGCAACAAGAAUUACGUAAAGCACGAGAGUCGGUUAUUUUACUGCAACAAGAAAAUGCGGUAUUGAAAAUAACCGGCGCUGCCGGUACCGGUGAAAAUAAUUCAACAAAUUUAACUAACGGAUUGUCGCCUCAUACAUCUUCAAUUAAAAAGGAAAAAUCAGAGGAGAACAUAGCUAUAGAAGUAAAGAGCUCGAAACUCUUAAUAGAAGAAAGUGAUAUGUGUAAAACUACGAGAACUUCACCGUUACUAGAUAAUAAUAAACUACUUCAAAGUGAGCGCGCAAGUAUUGAAAGAGGAGUAGAUCGAAUAGACAGAAAAAUAAAUCAAACAGAUCAUAAUGACGAAAGUUCGAGCGAUUCGGCUGCUUUAAUAAUCAAAGUCGAAAAUGAAGAGUUAAGUGAUAGGGAAGAAGAUCACGAGGAAAAUCGAAAUAACAAAAAAACAUUGAGGACUAAGAGUUAUGAUAAAUACAGUGGAAAAACGAAUGGGGAUGAAAUAUUGACUAGAGCGACUAGGGGUAGGGAAAGGACAAAAAGGGACAAAAGUGCACCAAGCAGUGACGACGAAAGGACGCAUAAAAAGAAAAGAAGAGAAAGUGUUCUUUCUCUGGAUUAUAACGACGCUGACGAUGAUGCAUUAGUUCUGACCAAUGGUGAGACUCUUCAAAGUGAUCCUGAGUGAAUAAUCCCUAUUAUGCAUUAUCGUUUCACCGCACGUAAUUUGUUAGAGAAAUAACGUGGUUCGCAAUAUAGAAUUAAUGUCCAUUGUACAAAAACAGAAUUUGUACUUAUUUCUUGGUAACAAAAUUCUGUGCUAUUCUAAUCCUGUAGUAUUAUAGUUCGUAUACUAAUUAUCAUGUGUAACUUUGUACUUCUGAUACUAUUGGUGAUUCUUCAAUUGAGUCAAAUAAGCUAUUAUCUCAUUUUCAUAUUUCUUUAAAUCACUCUCUGUGUAUAUUAUAUUAUAUUAUAUUGUAUUAAUCGUAUUCUCUCUCUCUCUCUCUCUUUCUUUCUCUUUUUCUUUAUUAUUCUAUUAUAUUACAUUUCAAUUUAUUCCAUUCUCUUCUACUUUGACAUCUACAUAUAUAUGAAUUUAAUUUGUAAAUAAAAGUUUGUGAACCACACAUGAUCCACGAGUCAUGAAAUAUUCUAGUUACGUCUUCGUUGAUUAUCAAUGGGUGGUUUGGGUGAAAUAAGGGUAUUUUGGUACAUUAUUUUUUAAUAACUAACCAAAAUUAAGUCAAAAUUGCGUGAAAAUUAAUUUAUUUGUAUUGCAUUAAUGAAAUAGUAAAAAAAGAAAAAAGAAAAAACAAUGAAUUUAAAAAAUCUA